AUGGGAAAAGGUGGUGGAUGUGUUUCUAGCAAAAACAAGAGUUCCAAAUCUUCAAAUUCUUCAAAAAAUCCCAUCAAUGUUCCUUCAUCAACCAAAAACCUUAAAAUCUUUAUCGUGUUUUACUCGAUGUAUGGACACGUGGAGAACUUAUCAAGAAGAAUGAAGAAAGGAAUAGAGACCGUGGAAGGUGUGGAAGGGGUACUGUAUAGAGCACCCGAAACGAUGUCUGAAGAUGUCCUUGUGAAAAUACAGGCCCCACUUAAGGAUGACUCUAUUCCCGAGAUAUCAUCACCAUCAGAUCUUGUUGAUGCUGAUGGGUUCUUGUUUGGGUUUCCCACCAGGUUUGGUUGCAUGGCGGCUCAGAUGAAGGCAUUGUUUGAUUCAACUGGGAAUUUGUGGAAGGAGCAAAAGCUUGCUGGAAAGCCUGCUGGGUUUUUUGUGAGUAGUGGUAGUCAAGGAGGUGGACAAGAGACCACUGCUUGGACAGCAAUCACUCAACUAGCACACCAUGGAAUGCUCUUUGUUCCAAUUGGCUACACUUUCGGAGCCGGCAUGUUCGACAUGGACACGGUCCGAGGAGGUUCACCGUAUGGGGCCGGGGUCUUCGCUGGAGAUGGUUCGAGAGAAGCUACCGAAGCAGAGUUGGCGGUCGCAGAAUAUCAAGGCAAGUACAUGGCUACAAUUGUUAAGAAAUUGGUUCAUGGUUGA